UUGCAGGUUUUGGUCGGUAUUGUUGAUCAGCUGAUCCAAGGCGUCACAUCUCAAGCUGAAUGUCUCAAGCGGUGCCAAAAAAGUAAAUCUGCUAGUGACAUCGUCUGCAAAAGUGCAAUUUAUUACGAAAAAGAAAAGGAGUGCAUCAUUGCAUCGCAAUCACGUGUGGAUAUUCCGGACUUGUUCAUAGAAGACGACCAGGCUGUUUAUAUCGAGAAUAUCUGUCUGAACGAUAGUGGUACCAGUAUGAAGAAGCUUCAGAGUUGUCUCCAGGGAGACGGAACAAAAGCAGCACACACCUCCACGGUGGCAGCUACUCAGGCAACUACCUCUACAAGAAGCAUGGAGAGCACCACGUCAUCCUCUCUUCGUGACUUCUCAGCUCCAGCCCCGGCUAGAGCGACCCAGGAAACGAGGAAAGCACCGACUAGUCCUGGUGUACUUGAAUUAUCCGGCUAUGAUGCUCCCUCCGACACGGUAGCGGCUCACAAUAUUUUUGACGAGAUCACUACCCAUGCGACGACCACUCCCACUACGACGGAAAAGCCCACUACAAUCAACCCUAAGGUGAUCGACUCAUAUAAUGUAGACUUGGCUGUGAAAAAGACUCCCAUGGAUGUUGGAUAUGGUAAACGAUUAAAAGACUCCAGGAUAAAAGAAUGCUUCAAGUGA